AUUAAGAAACACACGAUCAUGAUUAAUAGCUUAUUCCUCCGAACACAUUGCAAAGAAGUUUGAAAAGUCGUAAAACAAUGAGAAGAAUGAAUAAGACGAAAAGAAUACAACAAGCAAAGUAGAUGAUGCAAAUUAAAAAUUGUACGUCAUUGCAUCGCACAAGUAACAAAAUUAUAUGUGUGUCAUUCAGAAAAGUCAGUGCUUACAGUUUCCCAAGAGGGGUAUCUUUUCUACUAUGCAAACCCACUACUCAUCACUGAACGCGUGUUACUGAGAAAAUAUAAAAAUUUCACGGCAAUCGAAAAUUAAAAUUUUCAUAUGAAAACGCCUUGACAAAAAUAACGAAGCGUAUCAGCUUACGAUGUGCCAAUUAGUUUAUUAAUUUGAGACUACGUCCACUGGAUUUUGAUAGCAACCGCAGGCGUAAGGAAGGUAAUGUUACAACAUAUACAAUAUAUAGUUUGAAGUUGAGCUAGAAAAUAAUGUACGCAACGAUGUAUAACAGAGAUAAUUGGACUAAAUAUUGAAAAAGGUAUUUGGUAUUGCAAAUAAAGCAGACAUUCGUAUUUAUAGUAAAGAGACAUGCGAUAAAAGAAUAAAUACAUAGUACAGUUUUUAUAAAUAGUGAAUUCUCUCUAGUAAUCGAACCAGAAUAAUUAGAGAGUACAUAAUUGCACAAAUAGGUUGGCAAACAUGGGAGCAGGCAGGUAUCAGGCUUAGCGAACUUACAUGAUGGCCUGGCGCGUGUUGACAGAACUGCAGGUGACACGUGGAGGCGGCAGCGUGGAGGAGGUUACAUUGUUAGUGCAGAAAAAUUACAAACGCUGGAUCAUCAACAAGAAUCUGCUGGCAAUCAAUCGCAGAUCGCACGAACAAUGCUACAAAUACAAGAUCGUUUGAGCAUAGAUCGCAACGAAACGGAAACCACAGAAUUAAUAGAAAAGAUGGUGCUUGGUUUACGUAAUCUGCAAAUCGGAGAUUCCACUUCCGUGCCCUACCACAUAUCCAAAUUAGAAAAACAGGUAAAACACGUUGUACGCAACAUCGAAAAUGUUUCGCACGCAGCAGAGCCGACCAAUUUUGCGGAAAUGCGCACGACUCAGGGUCAGGGUGAUGUGCAUCAAAUAGUGCACGACGCUGUUAUCGAAACCACAACAGAUCCAACGUGCACUCGUCUGGAGAAGGAACUUGAAAACUCGAACGAAGCGACCAGGGUAUCUAUCAAUUUACUUUACCAAAUGAUCGAGGAACUUGAAACGAAAAUGGAAGAAUCCGAGCAAAGGAAAGAAGAUGUAUCGGAAACUGUUAACAAAGAAAAGAUCGAGGUUUGGGAGGAAAGGGAAGAACAGUUUAUAAGAAGCAUCGAAAGUAUCGAUGAUCCUGAUCAGAAUAACAUCGAUUUUAUACCCGAGAACGACGUUAGGGGCAACGUAUGUGAUUUUGCGUACGAAGAAAUUACAUCUUCGUUCGUCGCAUCUUCAACGCCUUUCACGAAGAAUGCCUCAUUGGAGGACGUAACAAUCGAGGAAAUUGCGUCCUCGGCCCUAUCUGAUCAGGAGGAAGGUCGUUCGUUGGAGGAUGAAACGUGCAGUAAAACGAAGAAAAUGACUCACAAUGAAACACAAUCGGAAGAACAGAAGAGAAAGGGUAUUUUAAGUAGAACGCGGAAAUUAUUGCGAACCAUUUUUGGCCGUCGGAAGAAAUGAGUCAAACGUCGGCUCGGCGUUCAAAUUCUUUCCUCGACGGAGUUAUGGAACGAUCGGAUGUACAACAUCUAAAUAUCCACUUGUAAACCUAGUUUUUAAGAGAGAAAUGCGCUGGUUGUUCGCGUCGAGUUGAUAAAAAUAACUCCCUAGUUUAGCCAUCAGCUGGUCACGCGUCCGGUGUAGUCUACGUACGCCAAGCUCUUACGAAGUUAUACGAGACGUGAAAUAAAUUCCACGCGUUCCUAGGAACACCGUGCAGGAAAAUAUGUAUCUUAAAAAUUUUAUACAAUACAGUAACUUUUUUGGUAA